CCUGGAACCCUGUGUUUGUUCAGGGCCUGGACAGGCCUCCACAAUCAAAGAUCCAACUUGGCAUGGGUGAGGGGAUGUGACAGAGAAGACCUGCAGUGGCUGCAGCUCCUGGGGCCUCCUCUCAGCAUGCUGCUCACCGGCUCAGCUUUGUAUGAGGACAAGGGUCCCCCAAGAAGUCAGGGGCUACUGGGAGCAAGGCCCAAUCCCUUACAUGUUCUUCACCUCUCUGACCCACAGGACUCUCUGGCUCCUGUUGCUCGCACAGGCACUGAAAAGACAUGAUGGCAGCAGCUGGGUUUCUGCGGCUGCCAGCAGCACCCCAGGCCAAAGUGACUUUUGAGGAUGUGGCUGUGCUCCUCUCCCAGGAGGAGUGGAACCAGCUGGGCCCUGCUCAGAGGGGUCUCUACAGAAACGUGAUGAUGGAGACCUAUGGGAAUGUGGUUUCCCUGGGAUUACCAGGAUCCAAGCCCAGUGUAAUCUCCCAGCUGGAAAGAGGAGAAGACCCGUGGGUCCUGGAUGGGCCGGGAGCAGAGGAGAGCCAGGGCCUGGGACAGAGCCUCUCAGACAGCCUCAAAUGUGACCACACUGCAGACUGUAUGCAACAGGACAGUUUAUCUUGUCCAUGGAAAUGCAAAACGAAGGAAGAAAACCAAACUAUAGACUUAAGUUUAAAGCCGUUAGCUUCCAAUGAAGUAACAGUGAUUCCGGGAAAAACACACGUGGGAAGGACUGAGCAAGAACAUCACCAAACAGAGCAAAGCUUCUGCCUGAGUUCAAACCCUGUUGGCUCUCAUAAGCUUCCAGUCACAAAGCACCAGACAGCUUCUAGUGGGGACAGACCAUACAUGUGCAUCCAGUGUGGGAAAUGCUUCAGUCGGAGUUCCCAUCUUCUUCAGCAUCAGCGAAUCCAUACUGGUGAGAAACCCUAUGUAUGCAACAUUUGUGGGAAAGCAUUCAGCCAGAGCUCAGUCCUCAGCAAGCACAGGAGAAUCCACACGGGUGAGAAGCCCUAUGAAUGUAAUGAGUGUGGAAAAGCCUUUAGAGUGAGCUCAGACCUUGCUCAGCACCACAAGAUACACACAGGAGAGAAGCCCCAUGAGUGUCUGGAGUGUCGCAAGGCCUUCACGCAGCUCUCACAUCUCAUCCAGCACCAGCGGAUCCACACCGGGGAGAGGCCGUAUGUGUGUCCCUUGUGUGGGAAAGCCUUCAACCACAGCACUGUGCUGCGGAGCCACCAGAGGGUACACACUGGGGAGAAGCCUCAUGGGUGCAGUGAGUGUGGCAAGACCUUCAGUGUGAAGAGGACACUGCUGCAGCACCAGCGGGUCCACACUGGAGAGAAGCCCUACACGUGCAGCGAGUGUGGCAAAGCCUUCAGUGACCGCUCUGUCCUCAUCCAGCACCACAACGUGCACACUGGAGAGAAGCCUUAUGAGUGCAGCGAGUGCGGCAAGACCUUCAGCCAUCGGUCAACCCUGAUGAACCAUGAGCGUAUCCACACCGAAGAGAAGCCCUAUGCCUGCUAUGAGUGCGGGAAGGCCUUUGUGCAGCACUCACAUCUGAUCCAACACCAGCGGGUACACACAGGGGAGAAACCCUAUGUGUGUGGGGAGUGCGGACACGCUUUCAGUGCUCGCCGGUCUCUGGUCCAGCAUGAGAGAAUUCAUACAGGCGAGAAGCCGUUCCAGUGUACUGAGUGUGGCAAGUCCUUCAGCCUAAAGGCAACUCUGAUUGUGCAUCUGAGAACCCACACUGGUGAAAAGCCCUACGAGUGUAACAGCUGUGGCAAGGCCUUUAGCCAGUACUCAGUGCUCAUCCAGCACCAGCGUAUACACACAGGGGAGAAGCCCUAUGAGUGUGGGGAGUGUGGGCGUGCCUUCAAUCAGCACGGGCACCUGAUCCAGCACCAGAAAGUACACAAGAAGCUAUGAGGUGACUGGCCUUCAGGGACCAAGCUGGAAAACACACCAGGACACAGACAGCCUCCCAGGGAGGGAGGAGCUCCUGUGAACUCUGUGGGACUCCCUUCACCUUGAUGACCCUGUCACAGGCCGAUUCUGUGCCUCCCCUGUGUAAAGACUAAAGAGGGUAGCCUUUGUCUUCUUUAUCAUCUUGAAGUUAUAUUGGUGAGUCAUCCUAGGAUUAAGAUAUUGAUAUAAAGAUAGCCACAAUACUUUUUUGGUUUGACAGUAGUUUGACAUGAGUAAGGAAGGGUCUUAUCCCAAAAAAACUUUCUUCCAUUCCAAAUAAAAUGCUUUAUUUUA